UAAUUUUUAAUAAUUAUUUUUGAAAUUAUUAAUAUUUUUCAUUCUGACUAACCAGUUAUACUGCGCUGUGUAAUGUAAUCCGUUCGAAUCAAUUUCCUUGAAGAUUACAUGUACACAGGAAGCCUGUUGGAUAGCAGUGUAAAAGUGCCGUCUUAUUAGCAAUUGAGGCGUAACUAGCCGUGUUUCAUCACAUUAUGGAAGUUGUCUGUCUAUCGAAUGACUUACAAUAAAUUCGAACAGCAUUAAUUGCCGUGAGGUCAUGUUUUGCACCAACAUGUGGAAAUGUCAAAAGAGUUCAAGAAAGAGCUAAAAAAUAAAAAACGAAGGGAUGUCCUUUUAACAGAUUUUACCCUCCAUGAUUAUUCGGCUUCUGGAAGAUUCAAGAAAGCACAUAUCAAUGCUUUCCAUAAAGAAGCUAAACAGUUACAAACAAUUCCAACUUUAGUUCAAGAUGUUGUUGAAAAUUGGUUUGAAAAAGAUGCAGAUGACUUCGAUACAGACACAGUUUCUUCAAAAGGAGAGGAUGACGAUGAAGAGGAAAAGAAAAAAAUAAUUAACGAUGAAACAAAUAAAUCAAGUAAAUCUGAAAAUAUCAGGAGAAAAACAAAAUUGAAAAACGUUGUACCUGAUGAUUCUGGAUUUAUUUAUCCUGCUGAUGUUUGGCAUAUUCUAUCAUUGUAUAUCCAUCCUGAAGAUGUUUGGCGAUUUGCUUCUAUCUGCAAAUAUGCAAAUAUUGCAAUCCAUACUGUAAGCUUUUGGCGUCAUCUCUAUCAUAGGCAUUGUUAUGACUUGACUCUGCUUCCAAGGAAUCUGAUGCCUUUUAAUUUGGAAUGUAUCCAUGGACUUCGAGCUCGAGUUAUACGGUCACUUCAUCAUGCAUAUCCACCUCUCUUGAACAAGACCAUCAAAUUCUCUGUAGAUGAUAUUCCAAACCAACUUGAAGGGCAACGAUGCAUUCUUUUCUGGCAAACUCAAAUGGCUGACAAUCAAAGCUGGAAUUUCUACUUUAAGUUCAAAAGGGACUCUACAUUCUCGAACAAACUAAGCCAUUCUCGUAAACGCAAUGAUUUCUUGAAUGGCUAUGAUGACAUGUUUCACAACCCUGAAAAAGAUUGUACAGUACUUUUAGUAACUUGUAAGAACUAUUCCUUUGUUCCUGUUGUCAUGGGCUAUGUACUAAACAAACUAAGUGUAGCGGUCAGCCAGACAAUGCGCUAUCAUAGGAUGAAACUUAGUUUCAAUACUCGUUUUUUUAAUAACAGCAAUUCUUCAGGAGGUCCCGGAGAAGAAAUGAUCGUCUUAGAUCCUGUGAUGAGCUGGCAGUGUAUGGGAUGGUGGCAUCGUAAUUAUCCCAGUGUGUGAAAUCUGUUUUAUUGGCCAAGGAACUCAUAUCGUCUAAGAACAUUAUAGAAAAUAAAUAAUAAAUAUUGUUGUGAAACUGUGAAACCCAAAGAAGCUAUUUUUGAUCUCUCUCUCUCUCUCUUUCUCUCUCUCAGCAAAUAGUUGAGACACACUGUUCACAAGUUCAAAUAAGCUUAGUUUGCCCUGAGGAAGAGGAGCAGUCUGACAUCUUCAGGUAGGGCAUUACAUCAGAGGGUGAAAAAUUACUGCAGAUGCUAAAUCAGAUACAGUGCUGAGUAUGUGGUGAAGUGGGGGCGGCGGGG